UCGUCUAAUAAUAAUAAUAAUAGUAAUAAUAUGUAGCUGUAUUGGUAAACAGGCAACAAUAGAAGAGAAGGGAGCGGAUUGGUUCUGGGGAGGAAGGAGUGUUUUGUUCCGAGGGAGGGAGGUGGUGCGCGCAUGCGCACUGGCGGACGCCCUGCGUGACGUCACGCGCUCCCUCUUCCCUCCCUCCCGGUCCGCUGCUGCUGGGUCUGUGGCUGGCGCUGAGGGAGCGAAGGAGGACCAUGGCGGCGGAGCAGGAAAACAAGGCUGCAUUAAUACAUGAAACCAGACAACGUUUUGAAGCAGAAUAUGUUCCAGCAAAAACAGAGAAAUAUGAUUCCAGAGAUUUGGAGAGACUACAGCAAGAUGAUACCUGGGUUGAAAAUUUCCUACUGUGGAGGCACGAUGUUGUAGAUGAUACACUAAAGAUGAUUGAUGAAAGUUUUCAGUGGAGGAAAGAAUAUGCGGUUCAUGACUUGACUGAAUCAGCACUUCCAAAGUGGUUAUUUGAUAUUGGUGCCCUUUAUCUACAUGGUUAUGACAAGGAAGGCUAUAAAAUAUUUUGGUUCAGGGUGAAACUUCAUACAAAAGAUCCUAAAACUCAAUUUGAAAAAAAGAAACUAGUAGCCUUUUGGUUAGAGCGCUAUGCAAAAAGAGAAAAUGGCAAGCCUUUGACAGUGGUGUUUGACAUGGCUGAAACUGGACUAAGUAACAUAGACUUGGAUUUUGUCCGGUACAUUAUUGGCUGUUUUAAAGUCUAUUAUCCUAAUUACCUCACUAAAAUUGUGAUCUUUGAAUUGCCUUGGAUAAUGAAUGCUGCUUUUAAGCUUGUUAAAAGUUGGCUGGGCCCAGAAGCAGUAAAUCUGUUGAAGGUAACCAAUAAGAAUGAUGUCCAGGAGUAUAUCAGUGCUGAAUACCUACCUCCCCAUAUGGGUGGGACUGAUACAUUCAAGUACAGUUACCCUCCACUGGUUGAUGAUGAUUUUCAGACUCCACUCUGUGAAAAUGGACCCAUUACUAGUGAAGAUGAAACUGAAAGUAAAGAAGAUACAGACAUAGACAACAAGGAAGGUCUAGAUACUAAUGAAGAGCAAGGACCCAAUUCAAAAAAGGCAAAUCAUGCAGAACAAACUCCAAAAUCCGAAGAAUGUGACAAAAUAGAUUCGAAAACAAAAAAUGCGAAGAAAGCACUUACCACAUUUAAAGGACUUUUAUUGCAUAUAAGCCCAGCAGAAGAACUGCACUUUGGUUCCAAAGAAACUGGAGAGAAGAAAUGUUUGAUUGUUCUAACAAAUGUGACUAAAAAUACAGUGGCAUUUAAGGUGAGAACAACUGCUCCUGACAAGUACAGAGUCAAGCCAAGUAACAGCAGCUGCGAACCAGGCACAUCUGUAGAUAUAAUAAUAUCUCUUCAUGGUGGUUGUGCAGUUUCUCUACAAGACCGUUUUCUGAUUAUGGCAGCAGAAAUGGAUCAGUCCUCUGUAGUGGGAACACAAGAAUUGGCUCAGUUUUGGAAGGAAAUCCCCAGGAACAAAGUGAUGGAGCAUAGAUUAAGAUGCCAUGUUACUGAAAGCAGCAAACCUUCUUCUUUAACAUUAAAUGAAAAUACCUUUAACAUUCCUGCAAAAAGCAAUGAAGAUUUACACUUACAGCUAACACAAUUAUUGCAAGCCAACAAAAGACUUCGAGAACAGAUUGACCGCUGUGUCUGGUUCCAACAGUUGACUCUUCUGUUGGUGUUUCUCCUAGUUGCCAGUACUACAUUCUGUUUCUACAUGUUAUAUGCUCCAAGGAGCUAAAGAUGAAUGCUCUGUAAAACAUGCAGUGUUGAUGUCAGUCAGUUGGGAAAAUAGCUAGUGCUAUUCUGUAGAGCUGUGGAACUGCCAAAACAAGAUCCAUAUAUGGAGUUUUGCAAAAACUAAAAUUCACAGGGCUAUGAUGUAUGCCUUUUAAUCAGCAUGUGAAGUGACUUCAUUAAUAUUAUUACAGCAUAAGAAGAACAGGAUGUCAAAGACAUCAUUUUCACUGGAUAUGUAAUAAGUACUCAGACCUACAGUGCUUAUAAUUUAAUACUUUUUCUUUGUUUCUGUCAUGCAGAAAUAUAUAAGAUGUAUCAAAGUAAUUUUGUACAUAAAAUGUAACAUUUCCUUUGAAAUGUAACUGCAAAAUAGGUAAUAGACCUUCUUGUGUUGGCUGUACAUAUAGAAUGUGUGUACAUAAUAGAUAAUGAUAUACAUGAUUGUGCAGCUGGUAACUGAAGAGCUGCAUCCUAAUGUUAGUUCGGUCUUUCUUAUUUUUCAGAAUUAUUACUGCUAUUUUAUGCCAAACUAUUUGCAUCCAGUAUGUAUCUUAUAGCCAUACUUCCCAGAAUGUCCUGCUAUGGUUCCAAAAAGAACUGAUUUGGGACUUUCUUGUUACAAACUCUUAUAGCUACAUGUAAGAAGGUGCCACGCACCACAGUCUCUUUGAAAGAAAAUAAAUAGUUGUACAGGAAAGCAACUCUCCAUUCUCCAAUCCUGAUUUGAGUCUCCAGAACUGAAAUAGCUAACGUAGGAUUGCAGCUGCUUUGUUCCAGUAUGUUUUGCUGUUGAUUUCAUGCUGAUAUGUUACAGAAGAUUCUGGGGCAAUAAUUGCAACACCACAAGCUUCAUAGUUGGAUUUGAAAUAAUUGCUGUAAGCAUUUUCCCUCUGAAAUACAUGCAGUAAAUCAUGUGUGAUGUUGAUAUUAAGUAGAAAGACACAAAUGUCUUAGAAGAAUUGUUAAGAAGAGAAUGGUCAUUUACUAUUUGCUCUUAGUAGCAGUUUAGAAUAAUAAAAGUUUGUGCCAGUCAAACAUUCUUUGUUUUUAACUAUACUUUGUAUGAAAAAGGAGAGUGGUAGAACUUUGUCAACACUCAACUUUUUUUAAAAAAAAAUCAGUUUGAUUGUCCCUUUCCACUAUAAAGAAGUCACAUAAAAACAUAACAAUAAACUAUUAUGUUCACACAUUGGUUAUGGUCCAGCAUAGCCUAUCCAUGGACUUCUUGUUUGCUUCUUUGAGAAAGGGGUGAUGUGUGUACACACAGGAAUUUUCCACUGCAUUUCCCAUGUGUCAGUAAGAGGGAAUACACAAACUUCAGUAAAUUUAAUGCAUUUUUUUCUUCUCCACUGUGACCUCAAUGACAGUAAGCACUCAUCACUGAGCUUACUAUUUGCAUUCCAAAUUUCUACCACAGACUAUCUCACUUCGGUAACGCUGUGAACUGUCUUUUGUCUUUUUCUUUUUUUAGUGAUCAGUAAUUAUCAUAAGUUAGGCCAACUUUCCCAUGGAGUUAUGCAAGCUUGAAGCCUUGAUUUUAAUAGGCUUAGAUGGGCUAAGCCUUAUUCGACUGUAGCCUUGAUGUGCAGAAUUUUCCUUUGCCUAUCUUGCUUAUGCUCAGGCAUGAUGGUAGAAGACUAUUUGGAAGACCCAGUUUUAAACAUGGUUUUCUGCCAUCCUGUCUAGUUUCACCUUUUUCCUAGUUCCAGGCCCUCAGACCUCAAAGAUGGCAUGGUGGUAUACAGAAAUAUUUCAAGCAUCCCUUCUUCAUUGAAAGUGUCUUCUUUAUUGAAAAAAACUGAUUAAAAGAGUUUUAUCAUUGUGAGUGAAUUCUGUAAAGAAGAACAUAGAGAUCUAUACAAUAAUAAUGCAGGCCAAUUUCAGUCCAAGCUAAUUAUAUUUUAUAUGAGAGUUCAAGUAUCUUUAUAGGAUUACCUUUCUAGCUGAUGGAUCUAUCCUAUAUUGCCUUAUACUUUGUAAAUGUUAAUAAUAAGGUUCUCAGUCUUUCUGGGAUUCAUUUGUCUUCUGUUAAACAAAUUAGCUACUUCACGUUCACAAAUAAGCCAAAACAGUUUUGAAUGAUUUGUUUCUUAUAUAAGAUUUAACAAAUCUGGCUUUCAGUAAAGUUAGAACUAAAGUGUCUUAACUUCUUAGCAUGUGAUCCAUAAUACAAAGUAAUAUAAUAAUUCUUGUCUCAAAAUGUUUAUCACUAAAUUCAACUGGUUUUAAUUGCACUUUAUUGAACAUGUUCAAAACAUUGAUAAAACCUAGGACAAUAAAUAUUCUUAAUGUCUGGUGCUUAAAUAUUUUCAGUAUUUUAUUACUAUAUUCAUAUUUUCUAUGUAAAAUUGAUCAGAUAAUGUUUUCUAUUUUAAUAUGUUAUAGAUGAAGAACUUCAUUUGUGAAAUAAAUAAGAAAAAC